UAUACGAAGCCCUCGUGGUAUUUCAAUCCUGUCUGAAGUUUAACAGUACAGUGGACUUUAGUAUUGAUCUGCUGAUGAUCAUACUGAAUGUAGCGGUUCUCUGGUCUGCAAAUAGAGCAUGCUGAGAAUUGGCGCUCUUUCUCAAGAACGACGUCACUACGUUUGUCAGUGUUACGAAAAAUUGCGUUCCCGACUUUGUUCUCAGAAACUUAAAAAAAAUGUUAAUAUUUAGCACCUUUCCUGGAGGAUAGUGUUCACGGUUUGUAAAAUUAAAAUAACUGUUCUAGCUAAUAAAUCAGGCUGGUACAAUAUUUCCGUGGUUUCUGGAAGUUGGCUAAGACUGUAAACAUGGAAACGACAUCACAACCACACCAAGGGAAUGGACUUGGAGCUUUAGUCUUUUUUUACGGAACGAUCAAAAGCAACGAACCUAAUCAUCACUGGCUCAGAAAUGUUGAAAAUGGGCAUGCCAGAUUUUUAGGGAAAGCCAGAACAGCCACAGAGUGGCCCCUGGUGGUGGCCACUAAAUACAACAUACCCCAUCUAUUAGAUUGUAAGGGAACAGGAAAGUUUAUUGCAGGAGAACUGUAUGAAAUUAAUGACAUUUUACUAAAGAAACUAGAUGAGAUAGAGGGCCAUCCAAUUUUCUAUGAGAGACGUCUAGAACAGGUCGAAAUGACAGACUGUAAGAUCAGUAACAACCUUGGUGAUAAUGACUCGACUAUCAGAACAGCCUGGAUUUACAUUUUCAAGAAUUACACUGCAGAAAUGUUACAGUUUCCAUUGCUGGAGGAAUACAGUUCUAAAGAUUUUAAAACAAUGGGAAAUAAAGUAGAACUACUCAAUAGUAAAAUUGUAAAAUAUUCAGAUCUCUUACUUGAGUAGGUAUUGAUCUUAGAAAUCAAGAAUAAUCUAAAUAACCUAACCUAUUCAACAUCAGUUUCAGUUUUGUUCAAGUAUUUUUAGUAUUAUUCAUUACCAGCAGUCUUCUCUGCUCUAAUGGAUUAGAAAAAAUUAAGUAUUGUGGGUUUUUCACAUAUACAAAUCAAUAUCAUGAUUUCUGAUUUUAAAACCAUGGAAAAUAGCUUAGAACCACUCAAUAGUAAACUUGUCAAAUAUGCAGAUCUCUUACUUGAUUAUAUAUAUUGAUCUUAGAAACCAGUGAAUCAAGAAUAUUCUAAAUGAAGUAACCUAUUCAACAUCAGUUUUCUUAAUGAGUAUUUUUUGGAAUUAUUCAUCACCAGCAAUCUUUUGUGCUCUAAUGGAUUUAAAAAAAAAGAAAGUAUUUUUGGGUUUUUCAUAUUAUUUCAGAUUAAUAUCAUGAUGAUUUCUGUUAUCUGAACUUUUUAAAGUAAACUUAAGACCAAAACUAGCCUCUUGUGUUAAAGCUAUUUAUGUUAAGGCUUGGGAGUAAUAAAGUAUAGUUUUAAUUUAUAUAAUUAGUAUGAAAAAUAUCUGUCAAUACCAUCAGAAGAACAACUGUUGUGAGUUUGCUUUAAAAACAAACCUUAUUAAAUAACAGUACACUUAGUAUUAUCAUACUGAAUUUAAAACUAUGUAGGAAGAUGUUAAGGACAUGGAUAACUAUAUCACCUAUUGUGUAAAAUUAUCUACUAUAAAGUUCCUUUGAUUAUUUUUUAUUUCUUUUGCUUAUAAUAAUGAAUUAAAUAUUUAUAUAAAUCAUAUUUUUAAAGUGCUGGUUUUAAUUUGUAAUUCUGAAAGGAAAUACUUUAAUCAACUAUAUAUAUAUAUUAUUGGAAGUAAAUUAACUUAGUAACAAAAAAGAAAAAGGUCAGGUCUAUGCCAGAUAUCGAUCUUCAACCUGACAUUAAAGUUAUUUUGCCAGGCAUCAACCAAAGACAUGAAGUCUGUGCCAAAUAUCACGAAUGAAAAGUUAUUUUAUGAAGUAUCAAUCUGAGACAUGGAACCUGUGUUAAACAGAUAUUUGCAGAAUAUCAACUUCACAUCAAUCAAGUUAUUUUGGCAGAACCAACCUGAAACAACAGGCUUAGCUAUGUGUCAACAUGACAAGAAUAAGAAGUUACUUUGACAGGACCAACCUGAAACAAUAGGCUUAGGUUAAGUGUCAACAUGACAAGAAGAUAAUGUGGCA